AUAAAUCUUGAUUUACAAUUGUUGAAUAUUAGCCAGCUCAUCGAUAUCUUUGCCUACGCGCAAUUUUAUCAUUGUUUUGCCUCGAUGGUGUAUUAAUUUGUGGUGCAUUACGUUGAACCGUUAUAAACUAGAGUGUAAUUUUUGAGGAAGCUAAUGUGUAAACUAUCAAUUCUUCGUAAAAUGUCUAUAUUAAUUUUGGUGCUAUUCAGUAGUACAGCAGUGCUACAAACGAACGCUAUUAUGUUCCGGCUAGCGCCUAACGCACAAAAAUGUCUGAGAGACGAAAUGCACGGCAAUCAAAUUGUUGCUGGUGAAUAUGAGAUCACCAAAGCACCUGGCCAAAAGAUUGAUUAUGUGGUUCGUGACACUAAGGGGCACAUAUUGGCACAAAAAGAAGACAUUUCUAAAGGAAAAUUUUCGUUUACGUCAGAAUUAUAUGAUACAUUUGAAAUUUGUUUCAUAUCUCAAGUACCGUCAACUUAUAGAGGAAUUGAACAAGAAGUGGCACUGGAUAUAAAGAAAGGGAUUGAAACUAAGAGCUACGAGGGGAUUGGCGAAGCAGCAAAAUUAAAACCGCUAGAAGUGGAUUUGAAACGAUUAGAAGAUUUGUCCGAUGCAAUUGUUCAAGAUUUUGCAUUGAUGAGAAAACGGGAAGAAGAAAUGCGCGAUACUAACGAAUCAACAAACAGUCGAGUCCUUUUCUUUAGCAUUUUUAGCAUGAGUUGUUUGUUGGGGCUCGCAACAUGGCAGGUGCUAUAUUUGAGACGCUACUUUAUCGCGAAGAAAUUAAUUUAAACAUGUAUGCAGUUGGAUUGUCGUACAUCUUGAUGUGGCUGCAUUAAAUAAAAAUUUAAUUGAAAUAACAAGUUA